CAACAAAACGUAUUUAUUAUUCUUUAGCGAAGCGUGUUUCAUGCGAAUUUAUUUUGCUAUUUGAUUAUUUGCCGCUGCUCUUGUGCUAAAAUACUUUUAAAACUCAUUCAAUUAACUUAAAGCGUAGUUUAUUGUAUAAUUUAAGUGUUUUAGUUUAUAAAUCAAGCAACAUGGUUGUUGUAUCUCCAUCGUUUUCGGUACCGGCCGAAGGUAUUUUGAUGCAAUUGCCUUCGGUUAAUUUAAUAGUAAAUAACGAUGUGGACUUGGGUACAGCAACGCUGUACAUUACUGAACACAAUGUGGUAUGGGGCGGUGGAGUGGGUAGACAAGGAGGUCCGUCCCCGACAGUGACCCUCAUGUACCCGAACAUCUCCCUGCACGCAAUACAGAGGGACCCUGGACCAGGACUCAUUCUGGUCAUCAAUCAUGAACUUAGUUUACCAGAAAUGACGCAGCAGGGCGCUGGCGACGCGCCGGUAGACGAUGACGAUGAAUAUGAUGCUGACGAGGAGCCCAUGACCAAACUAAGAUUUGUCCCACAAAACGACAACGACUUAGAAGCAAUGUUUAUGGCGAUGAACCAGGGUCAGUCAUUGCACCCAGACCCCGCAGACGAGAUCGAUGAAGAUGAAGACCCUUACAUGGAUGGAGAGGAGUUUGACGAUGGAGAGGAUGAGUUUGAGGACGCGGAGGAGAGCAACAUGUCUGCCGAGGACGCGGCCGCGAGGCUCCGGCAGAUGAGGCUGGAGAACGUCAACGGUACACACGAACAAGUAAACAAUGACACGGAGGACGCGGACAUCGCGGAGUGAUCAGCUGAACAUCUAAACGUAUUUGUUAAUUAUUAUUAUUACCUGCUUCUUCUAUGUCUACGCUACGACACACAUACUUUAACACUUGAUAAAUUAAAUUAUGAUUAAGAGUCCCUCUGUGACUCGAAACUAGUAGAGUUAUUCUCGAGUAAACCGGGAUUUUUAGUUAACUCGCUAAACUCAUAUUCGUAUUUUUGUUUUUUUUUUUAAUGAGAAGCAAAAUCAAGUUUCCAAUACAGUGUUCUCGACCAUACUGCCAAUGUCGAAUGGUGACGGCAAAUUGACUUUGACUUUGUAUAGUUUAUUGUAAAAUGAAUCUGAUUAAUUCUGACUAUUAAAUAUAUUCUCAAUACUGUAGCCCUCAGGCAUUGAAACUAGUCGGGUUGUCUCGAACAAUUUCGAGAGAAAUCUCCUUCUUCUUUUAAUCACGGCGACUUUUAACCAUGUGUGGUUGGGAAACAAAAAUAUGUACAAGCGAUUGAUUUAAAAAACCGUAAAAAGUUAUAAAAUUAUCACAGGAAGUAACCACUGCAAAAAUAAUUCAUAGAAAACUUAGUGGUAGGAACCUAAGGUUGACAAUACCGCGGGUGGUUUUGCGGUAACACGCGGGAAAGGUUAGUGUGCCCAUAGCCUGAUAUGAUAAUAAAAUACCUAUAUCUAUUUUUGUUUUGUCUGUCCUGUUAAAGUAUGUGUGUCUAGUUAUUAAUUUUAAUGAGAUCUAGUUGUUUUAUGUCGUGAAUGAAUGUUUGCCCUCAUUCCUAAGUGUAUGCCUCGAUAUUAAAUAUAUAAUGGUCAUUUAGGGACCUUUAACCCUAUAAAUAUGUUUUUUGUUUUUAUUUUGAACUUCUGAAAUGGUAAGACAGAACUGUUUAAUAAUAUAUUAGUUAAAAGCAAGGACGUUGAAAAAAAGGUGGGGGUAUUCCUUCUUAAAAGGCCGGCAACGCACUUGUGACUUCUCUGGUGUAGCGGGUGUCUAUCUGCGGCGCUGAUUGCUUACCAUCAGGCGACCCCUCUGCUCGUUUGCUUCCUAUUGCAUAUAACAAAUUGAUGGUCUAUUGUAACUUAACUGUAUAAAGUAUUGGCUUAAAGCUGUAAAAUUAUGCAUGGUUUAAGUAUAAUAAAUAAAUAAAGUACGUUCGCCUUUUUUUCAACGUCCUUGCGAGAAACUAAAUUAAACUUGAAAUACUAUGAAAAUUGACAUUGAAGAAAUAAUAAAAUCUCAGUAAGCCUUUCUUCACCCACUCAAACAUGGUUAAACACUAUUUUCUGUUGAUUCUACAAUACAUUAUUUUAUGUUAUGAGGCUGUUAUUAUCGGGCAAAAUAAUAUCGAAAUAGCUUUAGAAAUUUCUAAGCAAUAAUUCUGCCUAAAUAUGACCUAUGUCCAGUAUGUAUUUGUACAAUGUUCAAUUUAACGAAAAAAUCUCAAUUAUUCUACGUUUUUAUGUAAUGUCAAAGUUACAUAGUAAAUAAUCUCGUGCUAUUGCCAAAUUGGGUGUUUUCUUCGUCAAAAAGAAAUUAUUGUUCACAAUAAAAUAUGUAUUUCAAAUUAAUCCUAAUUUUCUUUAAUUCAUUAACAUUACUAUGAUAAUACUUACGUUUUUAGUAGUUUCCUAACUGAUUUAUGAUAAAAUUGUCAUUUCGAAAAUAAAAUGGGCUUAUGAAAACACCUAUAUAAUAUUCUUGUGUCACUUACUCCAACUAUAUUGUCUAUAUGAAUGAAAAAGAUAGGAUUCAUCGAUUAACAAUGCACUUUUGUCGGCCUUAGAGGCUUUAAAAAAGGAUUUUGUUUAAGUCAUUUUUGUAAAAUAAUAGAUGGAUAACUAGUAGAACAGAAAUCCACCGUUUUGUGCGUUAAAUAUAAUAAAUACUGAAAGCAAAUGAAGUGUAGUAAAUAACAUAUACUUGAUAAUAUAUUUCAUACGAACUUUCAAAGUAUAAAAAAUAGAAGAUGAUCAUUGAAAUCGCAUUAUAAAUAUAAGGUCGGCACUGCACUUGGAAUCACCUGAUAUUACACAGCUAUCUAUGGGCGAUGCUGAUAGCUUACCAUCAGGUGGUCGGUCUUUUUUUUUCUACAGCAAUGAAAAUCCUCAUGGACUUCCCCACAACAGGCUUGGCCCUCUAUCCAAUAUGAAGAAAAUAGUUCCUAAAAAUGUAGUGACUUGAAUAUCUAUCUUGUAGAUAUCAAUUAUUCUUCAACAAAAACGGGUAUUUAUGUACUGAAGUAUGUAUAUGUAUCUUUAUAUUUAAUGCACACAAUUGUAAUUUCUAGUACCUAUACAUUCAACAGAAUAUAAUAGUAAUAUACAGGGUGUCCCUGAAGUCGACGUCCAACAGGCACCAGGUGAUCGGCAAGGUUCCAAAUGUUAUCAGAAAAAUAUAAAAAAAAUCCUAAGUCCUACAGUUUUUAAAUUACAGUGACUUAUGUGUUAUCCACGAAAAAGUACACCCUGUGCCAGUCUUUUGACUCUUGUUGCUACAAAUCUUUAUUUUUUCGUCUGCAGUCUUCCUUACAUUAUCCUGAAUAGUGCUCCAGUAAUAUGGAAUCAUAAAUUCUUAGCCAACUGCUUUAGAUUGGAAAACAUUGUUAGUUUUAGAGUUACCAAAUACUCUGAAUAAAAUUUUCACCUUACUUUAAGUGACUGUACUGAAUAAAUUAUGUAUGGCGCUAGUAGUGGCAAAUUUCACCAAAGUUGGCGCAUUUAAUAAGGAUUAUAAAAUGGUAUAGCACUUUGCACAUUAUUUCUUAAAUUCGACACAAAAAAAGAUUUUCCAACGAAACUCCGUUUCGAUGAAUUUAUUUGAACUUACUAAAAUUUCUUCUAGAGUACUCAAAUCAUACGUUACAACCUCGUAUACACUAGACAACACUUUGCACGCGAUUUGUUAUCAUCAUGUUGAAAAUCAGCGAGGAUCUGUUGUGAUCUUGUCAAACAACAUUGUCUGUCUACUCAUGAUUUUGCUUGCAGCAUUCGUCGGCAAUAUUAUCGCUGGAGGAAUUGGUGUUGUGCAUCUCGAGCCAUCGUACUAGGGCUACGGGAUUCUAGCUAAGCACUGGCUUUUUUGCAACUGUAACUUAAUCGGAGGAUUCGCCCAGUCCUUUUUUUUUUGAUGGGGAUAUGACGAGUAAUUGUGCCUAAGAGCUCAUGUCUCUCAUGCUCACGUCGAUAUGCUGUGUGGGUACAUGAAUCUGCCGCGUCCGUUCCUUUUGAUUUUACUACACAUUUGAUAAUGUGUUUGAUACACUAUGAACAUCAUAUUGCAAUCAUUCAAUAUUAUUUAUUGAAACACAAUACAUAAUAACAGUUUCUCUAGCGAUAAUAUUGCCGACGAAUGCUGCAAGCGAAAUCAUGAGUAGACAGACAAUGCUGUUUGACAAGAUCACAACAGAUCCUCGCUGAUUUUCAACAUGAUGAUAACAAAUCGCGUGCAAAGUGUUGUCUAGUGUAUACGAGGUUGUAACGUAUGAUUUGAGUACUCUAGAAGAAAUUUUAGUAAGUUCAAAUAAAUUCAUCGAAACGGAGUUUCGUUGGAAAAUCUUUUUUUGUGUCGAAUUUAAGAAAUAAUGUGCAAAGUGCUAUACCAUUUUAUAAUCCUUAUUAAAUGCGCCAACUUUGGUGAAAUUUGCCACUACUAGCGCCAUACAUAAUUUAUUCAGUACAGUCACUUAAAGUAAGGUGAAAAUUUUAUUCAGAGUAUUUAGUUCCUCUAAAACUAACAAUGUUUUCCAAUCUAAAGCAGUUGGCUAAGAAUUUAUGAUUCCGUAUUACUGGAGCACUAUUCAGGAUAAUGUAAAGAAGACUGCAGACGAAAAAAUAAAGAUUUGUAGCAACAAGAGCCAAAAGACUGGCACAGGGUGUACUUUUUCGUGGAUAACACAUAAGUCACUGUAAUUUAAAAACUGUAGGAGUUAGAUUUUUUUUUAUAUUUUUCUGAUAACAGUUGGAACCUUGUCGAUCAUCUGGUGCCUGUUGGACGUCGAUUUCAGGGACACCCUGUAUAUUAUAUGAUAUUUUUGUAUUAGUAACUUUGGCACAUAUGUGCUAGCUGCUAAAACGUAGUUACUAUAUAUUCGACCGUCGAAUACAUGAAUAUAGAGUGGAGAAUUAAUUUUUGUAUUUCCUUUUUUAUAUAAACUGGUGCUUCCUACAUUGGAUCGACUAAAUAACGUCAGAAAUCUUAUUAUAUUAAUAUGUAUAAUUAGAUUGUAUUACUUUUGGCGGUCGGUACUCAAUUACAUGUAGUAAAAAGCUUAUUCACGGCAAAACUGAGUAAGUAAAUACUAUGUUAAAACAUUUUUUAUAAGUAUGUGUGUGUAUCUGUUAAUGUACCUAUGUUUUCUUUUGAGUAUAUGGGUCAAUUCAUUUUUAUAUACCUACUAAGAUAAAGAUAUGACCGAGUAACUUUUUUCUUUAUUAGAAUUAUUGUCUAAUGUCUGAAAAUCAAGUGAGGGGCAUUGGCUCCACACUUGAUUUUUCUCCUGUCAUAGGUGUUUUACAAACACAUACCUACCGUAAAACGGGGUAAAUAAAAUUCAAAGGAUGGAUAGAUGUAGGAAUGGGAAUCCAUUUCUGUAUCUAUUUACCCAGUAUUGCCGUAAUUUUCCAUGCAUAUAGCUCGGAAUUUUGCAAUACUUUUUGCUAAGAGUGAAUUUGUCAUGUAAAAUUUCAGAUUGACGCUUCCAUUUACAAUUCGCUAAUAUGAAUUGACCCUUAAUUAAUGCAAUGCUUAUUGCAUCAGACGCAUGACGAUUGAUUUCGCUAAAAUAUUGUAAGAAAAGAAUUUAGUAGAAAAGGGAAAGUUUAUGGAUAUGAAUAAAUGAAAAUGAUUAAUCGGUUCCUAUGAGUACAGAUAUCCUUAUAUUUAGUACUAUGUAUUUAAUUUAUUUAGUAUAUAAUUAAAUAUGUUUUGAGUGAUGGUAGGCAGUGCGUUGUGUGUGAACAGUGAACUCGAAUGGUAGUACUAGUUAUUUUAUUUUCUUUUCGCAAAACCGCCUAUUAUUUUUGUUGAUAAAAAUAAUUUGCUGUAUGUUAAGACUGUAUAAACAGAAUUUUACGUAUAACAUGUUUUUUGUAGCAUAUUUUCUCACCAGAGGGCGUGUUAAAGUGUGCUAAAGUAUGUUUGUAUUAUAAGUUCGUAACUUACGAACGGGUGAACCGAUUUCGAUGCGGUUUUUGUGUCAAUUUUAGCGAAUCAAUCGAGCGAGUUUUAUGUUUUGUUAUUUGUUAAUUCGAUUAGACGACUGUCAAGUAAUGUACGCUCAAAUUCAUGUAGUAUUUGUAUUCCAAAUAUGUAGUGUAUGCAAAUUGAAUAAAUAAAACCAUAUCAAAAAA